AUGAGCCUCAAUGAUGUUGUUUAUGAUGAAAGGUCCCAUCGAGCACAAUUGAGUGAGAAACUCAAACAAAACUCAAUCAACCUUAUACCCAUUGUUGACCAACUAUACGAAUUGGAUGAUGUUUCUAAAGUACCCAUUUCAUAUAAACAAAUAACUCCAGAUGGUGAUGUUAUUCAAAUGAGAACUAGGUUUGACUAUCAAGCUUCCUUGGGUAGUUUUGAAGUUGAUGAAUUGACAAAGAUUAUGAAUUCAAAUACUAAAUUAGCGGAUCAUGGUAAUUUUGAACAAUUACAACAAUAUUCAAAUGAGAUAAGAGUUUUUUGUAAAAAUUUGAUUGAAUGUGAAAGCUUAAGAGACAAAUAUCAAAUCAUUUCAAGUCAAAGGUCAUGUGAUAAUCCAUUAUAUGAUGAUUCUUGGAAAAGUUACCCACCUCCACAACCUAAAGGAUGGCAUUUUGAAGAUGAAUUUGGAGCUGUCAAUUAUUUCCAUGGUGAAGGUACUGAACCACAUUAUUCAGGUGAGAAAUUUGAUUUGGAACAUUAUAAAGAGAGAGUUAUUAAACCCUAUAUGUCAAAAUUGAAACCUGGUGAAUCUGAGUUAAAAUUUGGGCAAGGGAAACAUCAUUUGUAUGAAGUCGAAGGUGUUAAACAUGAAGCAUUCCCUUCUUUUCACGAUUUUUUAGAAGAUUUGAACUUCAUUAUAGAUACUAGCAUAAAUAAAACAGGUGUGAUGUUAUCAAUGAGAAGAUUAAAAUAUUUAAAAUCCAAAUUUGAAUCAUAUAUUUUAUUAAAUGAACAAAAGGAACAAUCAAAGACUAAACUGAAUCCACAUAGAGAUUUUUAUAAUUCGAGAAAAGUUGAUAAUAAUAUUGGACUUUCCAUGUGCAUGUCUAAAAAACAUUUAUUGAAUGUUAUUAAUUUAAAACUUCGGGAAGAAACUAAUAGAAUAGUUUAUGAAAAUGAAACAACAGGUGAAAAAUUAACAUUAGAACAAUUGUUUGAACCAUAUUUUGAUACUACUAAAUCUAAGAGAUUGAAUGUUGAUGAUCUCUUUGAGUUUGGAUUGAUUGAUAGGAACUUUGAUUUAUCAGAUGGGAUAAACAUUGAUAAUGAUACAGAUUAUGAAUCAAUAAUUAAAAAUGAAACUUUAUCCAAGAUUGAAAAAACUUUCUUAAGAAUUAAUAAUCAUAUAAAUGGUGAAUAUUUAAGUGUUAUUUUGAAGCAAGUGUUGACUGAUUAUGAAAAAUCCAAAUAUCAAUUUGGUGAAAUUGGUAUCAAUUUUAACCUUUUGGAGAAGACUAAUAAUAAAUGGGAAGCAUUGGCUGAUUGGGUUAUUGAUAAUAAAUUGGUUAGUUAUAAUGUUAAAUGGAUUAUAAGAAUACCAAGGAACUACAGUGUUUUGAAAAAAGCUGGAUUAAUAAAUAGUUUCCAAGACUUCUUAGAUUUGAUUUUCAAUAAGUUAUUUGAAGUUUCUAUAAAUCCUGGAUCGAACCCAAAAUUACAUUUUUUCUUAACCAAAAUUUCAGCAUUUGAUUUAUUAUCAGUUGAUAAACAACAUCAAGAUCAUUCAUUAUUUGAUGUUAAAGAAUUGAAAUCUCCAAGAAAAUGGACAAAUGAUACAAAUCCACCUUAUAGUUAUUAUUUAUAUUAUUUAUUCAUAAAUUUCAGUUCAUUAAACAAUUUUAGGAAAACCAGAGGAUUAUCCACUUUCAAUUUAAGACCACAUGUUGCUUCAAUAUCAGAUAAAUCAGGAUUAGGUGUCAUCACAGAAUCAUUAGCUACAUGUUUCCUUUUAUCGAAAAAUAUUAUAAAUGGUGAAAAACUUUGUAAUUAUCCAGUAUUACAAUAUCUUUAUUAUUUGAAACAAAUUGGUAUAACAAUGUCACCUUUAUGUUGGAAUAAAACAUUACAAUUAUUGAAUGAUGAUGAUAAUCAUAUUGAAUCUAAUAGAUUUGCAUAUGAAAAAAAUCCAUCAAUUGAAUUUUUCCAAAUGGGGAUGAAAGUUUCAUUAAGUACAAAUAAACCAUUAUUUUCAAGUUUAACAAGAGAUCCAUUAAUUGAAGAAUAUAGUAUUGCAGGUUCAAUACAUAAACUUAGUGGAGUUGAUUUGUGUGAAUUAUGUCGAAAUUCUGUUUUGAUAAGUGAAUAUAACGGUGGAUUGAAAAAACAUUGGAUUGGUAUUAAAUAUCCUAAACAAGUUGAAAAUGAUAGUUAUGUUGAUUGGGAAUUUACUGAUGAUUUUGGUAUUCAAAGGUGUAAUGUUCCAAAUAUGAGACUGGAUUAUAGACUAGAUUCAUUAAGGCUAGAACAUGGGUUCUUAAAGAAGUUUAAGUAA